AUGAUUAAAACACGGGCUGCUAGAAGGAAGGAGCUGGAAGGCACACAAGAUCAGCCUCAGCAGUCAGCGGAUGAGAAACCGAAAAGUGAUGGAGGGCCUACAGAUAUCCUGGAGAAAGGUACACCCGUCAAAUAUCCACCUUCUGAAAAGUCCAGACGAUCCUCCUCUUCUUCAAUUCGGGCUCAGAGACACAAGUUGGAGCUGGAGGCAGCAGAGGCAAAAGCUCGCAUUCAAAUGGAGCUUAUUGACAAAAAACUCGCGGCCGAUUUAAAUAACCUAGAAUACAGUUCACGGUCGCAUACCAACGAGGAAGUUGAAAGAUGGUUAGAGCGCAGCCAACAACUGGAACAGCCUGCCCCCGAGGAUGGUCUUACUACGGGUGGGUUGUGCCCGCCAGCAACAGAGAACGCCACUACAGGUAACGCUGCCGCUGGCAACGAUUAUGGUACCGUACAAAUGUUGGCCAGCGCACUCAAGGACUUAGCCGCCGCUUCAACAUCUCACAGUAGAAGUGCCAAUUUAUUGAGCCGUAUAUCUACGCCACAAGACUUACCCAUGUUUAGUGGCGACCCUAUGGACUGGCUUCAAUUUAGACAGGCAUACGAAGAGUCUACACAGGUAUGCAACUUCAGCCCUAAAGAAAACUUAUGGUGUCUGCGAAAGUGUCUUCGUGGACCAGCAAAAGAAGCAGUAACAGCUCUUCUCAUUACCGCCACAUCGCCUGUCGUAGUAAUGGCAACUUUGGAGCUGCAAUUUGGUAAUCCCGAAGUGAUUAUUAAUCGGAUCACAUAUGACAUAAAAAAACUGCAUCCGAUCUCAUUCGACUAUCACAAAGAUAUUGUGCCAUUUUCCAUAAAAGUACGCAACUACGUCGCCGCAGUGCGUGCCCUUAACCGACAAGAAUACCUACAAGACACGGGUAUAGCAUCAGUUAUAAUAAACAAAUUACCUACAAUACUUAUAUCAAAAUGGACAGACUACAGCUAUGGACUGCUUGCCGGAGGAGCAAAAUGCAAGCUCGAUAUUCUGUCAGAAUUCCUGAACCAAGAAGCCGUU